UGAACGCCGCGGGUUCGUCCGCAGCUCCGGCUGCGCGCAGGGCGUUCCUCUCCGGGUCCCCUGCAGUUAUUGGCUCGGUGCGGUUUCCUUGGGGACGUGGCGCCGCGGGCGGCUAGGCCUCCUUCCGGAUGUGCUGGGAGCCACGGGGAGCCGCUGGGGACCAGGCUGGGCUGUGCAGAAGGACGAGCGGGCCUCGGCUCCCGCUGCAGCCUUAGGAGAUGCGGGGGACAAGGAGGCCACCCUCUCAGGGCAAAAGGAAAAGGAGGUGACAGACAUCGAGACUACUGAAGGGAACCCAUGGCUAGGAUCAGUUUUUCCUACGUCUGCCCAGCCUCCUGGUACUUCACUGUGCCCACAGUGAGCCCAUUUCUCCGUCAGCGGGUGGCCUUCCUGGGACUCUUUUUUAUACCCUGUCUCCUUUUACUUCUAUUAAUCAUGGACUUAGGACACCGGGGCACUUCGUCACCACGAGAUAGGCAGUACGAGAGGUAUUUAGCUCGGGUAGGAGACCUUGAAGCCACCAACACCGAAGACCCAAAUCUGAAUUAUGGACUUGUGGUGGACUGUGGUAGCAGUGGCUCCCGGAUUUUUGUUUACUUCUGGCCAAGACAUAAUGGGAACCCCCAUGACCUACUAGACAUUAAACAGAUGAGAGACCGAAACAGCCAGCCUGUGGUUAAAAAAAUCAAGCCAGGGAUCUCUGCAAUGGCCAACACUCCAGAACAUGCCAGCGAUUACCUGCGACCUCUGCUGAGCUUUGCAGCUGCUCACGUGCCUGUGAAGAAGCACAAGGAGACCCCCCUCUACAUCCUCUGCACAGCGGGCAUGAGGCUGCUCCCUGAAAGGCAGCAGUUGGCUAUCUUGGCUGAUUUAGUGAAAGAUUUGCCGUUGGAGUUUGACUUCCUCUUUUCACAGUCUCAGGCCGAAGUGAUCUCUGGGAAACAGGAAGGAGUUUAUGCGUGGAUUGGAAUUAACUUUGUUCUGGGGCGAUUUGACCAUGAAGAUGAGUCAGAUACUGACACUUCCCUGGACUCUGCAGUGGGACGCAGGAGGACCGUGGGGAUAUUGGACAUGGGAGGAGCUUCUCUCCAAAUUGCCUAUGAAGUCCCUACCUCAGCCUCUGACCUUCCUCCCAAACAGGAAGAAGAGGCCAAGAUCCUGUUGGCUGAGUUCAACUUGGGCUGUGAUGUGCAGCACACAGAGCACGUGUACAGGGUCUAUGUCACCACCUUUCUGGGCUUUGGAGGCAACUUUGCCCGGCAGCGCUAUGAAGAGCUCGUGCUGAAUGAGACGCUUAACAAAAACAGAUUGCUGGGCCAGAAGACAGGCCUGAGUCCUGACAACCCAUUUCUGGACCCCUGCUUGCCCGUGGGACUCACAGAUGUGGUGGAGAGGAACAGCCAGGUCCUGCAUGUCCGAGGAAAGGGAGACUGGGCCACUUGCAGGGCAAUGCUGAGCCCCCUGCUGGCCCGCUCCAACACCAGCCAGGCCUCGCUGAAUGGCAUUUACCAGUCACCAAUUGACUUCAACAACAGCGAGUUCUAUGGCUUCUCCGAGUUUUUUUACUGUACAGAGGACGUGUUACGCAUCGGUGGCCGCUACCACGGGCCAACAUUUGCCAAGGCUGCCCAGGAUUACUGUGGCAUGGCUUGGUCAGUACUAGCGCAGAGAUUCAAGAAUGGCCUCUUUUCUUCACACGCAGAUGAGCAUCGACUCAAGUAUCAGUGUUUUAAGUCAGCUUGGAUGUACCAAGUCCUGCACGAGGGUUUCCACUUCCCCUACGACUACCCAAACCUGCAGACAGCGCAGCUGGUGUACGACCGAGAGGUGCAGUGGACACUGGGAGCCAUUCUGUAUAAAACCCGAUUCCUGCCUCUCAGGGACCUUCGGCAGGGAGGUGUCCGGCAGUCCCAUGGCAGCUGGCUCCGCCUCUCCUUUGUCUACAACCACUAUCUCUUCUUCGCCUGUACCCUGGUGGUGCUGCUGGCCAUCGCCCUGUACCUUCUGCACAUCCACAGAAUUCACCGCCGACAAACUCGAGCCUCAGCUCCAUUGGACCUGCUGUGGAUCGAACAGGUGGUGCCGAUGAUCGGGGUGCAGGUGGGGCCGUGAGGCUGGACCAGAUAGAGAAGCUCCAGUACCUGAGGGUUGCUGCUUACGGAGUUCCUUCACUUUCCUGAACUGGCCUCGGAUGCUGCUUUGGCCUGGGAAUUUCUACUUUUUCACUUUAAUUUCUUUUUAGUGCCCAGGACAGGACCUUUUCUCAGAAGCCGUAACCUAAUCUGUGAGGAACUAAGAGGCAGGAGGCCGGUGCUAACACAGGGGAGUAAGCUUAGCCCAGUGAAGCAUGUUUCUCCUUUAUCCUGGAAAUCUGGGAUGCUUCUGGGAUGUAGCAAUUUCCCUUCUUGCUGAAGCAAGUUCUUGUAUUGGGCAACUGGAAUCACGUUUGAAACUAACUUGGAUCCAAAACUAACUGAUACAAAGCCAGAGACAUUCCAGCAAGUGCAGUUGCCCCUGCUUUCUCUGUAACAGAGAUACCCUUAUGUGGAGAUCCACAGCCUUGAGUAGGGACCCAAGGUCUCCAAGGGUCAGUGGACCAGGAUCUCAAGGCAACCAAAACGAUACAACUUCCUUGCUUACUUGACAUCCCUGACAGUGUUGACAAUUAUGUUGAUUAUGUUAUAUAGAUUUGAGAGGUUAGAGCCCCUUUUAAAUGAAUGCUCCAUUGAAGAUCCGACAGUAUUCUGUCUGAUACUUGGUCUGACCAGGUAGAAAACACUUCCAUGUCUAUGUGCCUCACAGGCUGCUUGGGCAUCAGUGGUGCCUUUUGAGCCUUAAGUGAGCUUAUAGAAUGGAGAAACUGAUGGGAACCGGGGACCUGGUUUGCCUGUUUUCAGGUUACUGUCUCACGGGUGUUUUUUUCCUGUGCAGAAGAUUCAGAGCAACUUCCCUCAUUUCACUGCUAUGUAUUUUGGGGUGGGAUGUUUUUGGGGUCCUUUGUUUAAGGAAAAAUAAUAUCAAGAGAGUGGGCAAAGGCAGUAAAAUCAAAGGUUUUUUGUUUUCAAGACAGGGGCUCACUGUGUAUAUAUGUAGCUCUGGCUGUCCUGGAAUUCAUUUUGUAGACCAGCCUGGCCUGAAAUCAAACUCACAGACAUCUUCAUGCCUCUGCCUCCCAAGUGCCGGGAUCAAAGGCAUGUGCUACCAUGCCCAGCUUAAAAUCAAAAGUUCUUACCUAUUUUUGAAAUGUUUGAAAGAAAGCAAAAUCUAAACUUUGGAAUAACUCGAUAAAUCUUCCCUGGAGCAGCCUGGCUGGUUUUUGGACAUCUGUCACAAAUAGCAGUUCCUUUACUGUAGAGAGGAAAGCCAUAUCCGUGUUCUUACCCAGGCCUCUCAGAAACCGGCCCCUGAGCAGCCGGCCUGCCCUUCAGUUGCAUUAAGAGUCAGGGUUCAUGAGCUCCUCCCUGCCCCUUGAACCCUGUUCUCCAUGGGAAACCAUGAGGGGCCUGCCUGGGAUUGCUCCCAGGGCUAGUAGCUUGAUCUCUUCUUUUUGGGAGUAAGGCAAGACUGGAGCCAAAUUUUUUAGGUAGCCAAGGCUAGCCUUGAACUUCUGAUUUUUCCUGCCUCCAUCUCCUCGAAGUGCGGGUUUAAAGGUGUGCACCACCAGAUGUGGCUCAUUUCCUUUUCAUUUUGCCAAAGCCUUUAUUUAUAGAGUUAGAAUACAGAGAGAGAAAAAAGUCCAGAUUUAAUAAAUUCCACACUGGGAACAGAAAGGAAUGAAAUACUUUACAAAAUAGAGAAAAAAACAAACAAAAAACUAAGAUGGUCCUAGGGAUAAGCAGAGGUGAAGCGUAUUGACUCUGCAGCUAGGCGAGUCGUCCACUGUCUUUUUCCUUUUUGGAGGCAGGGUCUGUAUGUACCCUAGGGUGGCCUGGUACCCAGUGAGCCUCCCGCCUCAGCUGUGAUUAUAGGUAUGCACCACCAUGCGCGCAUGUUAGGUAAGUAGUAAUCAGCAACGGUUCUUUCACUUCAAAUAUUUUACUUCUCAUUGACAGUUCUUUUAAACUUUAAUUUUAAUUGUUGUGUCCUAUGAGCGAGCCUUUGCCUUUUCCUUUUUAUGCUGCUUUUUAAGAUGACAAAAAUGUUCUUGCUAGCCAUUUGCCUCCUCAGGGAACUUUUAACUUCAUCUUAGUUUCUAUAUACCAGUUUUGGUGUUCUUGGGAGAGCCUGGUCAGAAGUUAACAGUGACCAUAUACAUGUGCUCACACUGGAGUUGAAGCGAGGAAGUAACCCGUCCAGUUCUGGAGCUCUCCUUACUGCUUACUCUCUACCCUGAUGGUACAAGGAGCUACCAUUUGUCAAGCACUUACAGUGUAUUGCUCCUUAGACCUUUAUGUGUUGUUUAUUAUUUAAUCAUGACAGCCUUUUGGAUUGAUAAGCCCUACAUUCUUUUUAUAGUUGAAAACAAUCUCAGGAUGCCUAUCUUUAUCAUUUUUCAAUAUAAAUAUAUUUCUUAAUUUAUUUGAAUUAGUCUUUGAGUUUUUGUUCGAUCCAUUAUAUUCUAUUUACUGUCUUAAUAUUAUGGGAUCCAGACGUACAUUUAUUAACAUAAAACUUCCAGAAGUCCAUAGGUUAAGAACAAGAAGGGACACUGUUAUGUGGCUGAGAAGGUCUGACCAAAUUGCUCUUGAUGGCCCCUGGGUGCUUCAUUCACUCCCAUUGGGUAGACUUCCAGGGGAAUCUUGGUAGCCAAGUUUUCACUGCAUCUGUUUUAGCAUUUUUUUGUCUUUUUUUUUUAAUACUUUAGGUUUUACUUUUAAGCAAUUACCUUAACUUUUUUCCCCUAACCACAACAUUCCAAUAACAUAAAUACAAUCUGAAUGAAGGUACAAAUGCCUAAUAGAGAUAUCUACCUCAUAGAACCUGUGGUGAUUCUUGGGCAGUUUCCAGACUGGGCUUGGUGUGACUUCAUUUUGGUUGGGACUGGGAAUUGGAGUCAGAGUGGCAGAGGCUGUUUCAGCUCCUCCUAAAUUGGUCUCCUGGUUUGUGCUUAGCUUCAGUCUUGCUGUCGGGAGGAUGGACUUACGCCAAACUUGUGAAGAUUUUGUUGGUGUUACAAAAACUGGUGUGUUCAAAAGUGAGGACUCAAAACCAAGUUUUGGCACCUUUGACUAACAAUAGAGUAACAAAUAUUUUUGUAAGCUAUGAAUGCAUCUGAAAUCAAAUACUUUUAGAUAAUAUUCUCAAUUCUGAGUGGCUGUCCUUGGCCUCCACCUGCCCCUGACUUGGAUCUGAUCUAACUGGAAAAGCUCUUGUACCCUACUUGGGUUUCUGUUCAUCCUGGGGUUUCUGUUUCUGUGGGUGGCUCGUUAUGGUUCUAUUUUAAGCCAGCUUUGUCUUGUUUUAUAUAUACCAAUAGGCUGUUAUUUGCCCAAGUAUUUAUUUUUGCUUGUUAAUACUUUUAGAAGGACAGAGGGAAAUCACACACCAACAGAUCAUUUUGCUUUUUGGAAAUCUGAGCAAUAAAGAGACCCUUUUAUAUUGUAAAGUGGAAUUACUGCUCAUACGUAAGGACUUCCUUUUUUUUUUUCAAGUAUGAGCAGAUCACUGCUUCCAUUUUUAUAAAAAACCAGAGUUGAAAAUGUUCUGAGUAAUAGGAUAUUUAGUCACAUGUGCAUGUUGGACAGACACAAGCUUGAAGAUGUGUCUACUCCUGAACACCUCCUUAAAGUAGGACAAUGGCUGAUACCGCCCCUCCCUCCAGCCCCUGUCUGUUCCCUCUGAUGUGUUACUUUCCAUUCACUGUGAUGACAUACCUGAGACCAUUCAUAAAGAGAAAAGGGUUGUUUUGAUUCAGUUAGAGGUUCAGCUCAGUAGUCAAGUGUCCCUUUUGCUUUGAGCCUGUGAUGAAGGUACACCGUGGAAGGCAUAUGUAGCAAAGCUGCUUAGCUCAUGGCCAGGAUUCCAGAGAAGAUGGAGUUCAGAGUGUAUGCCCUCCAGCGACUUAAGGACCUAUGAGGCUGUGCCCACAAGGGUUCCACCACCUCCCAAUAACAUCAGCUUGGGACCAACCCUUUAACCCAUGGGCCCCUGGAGGACACUCUGUGAAGGCAGUCCUGGCGAUUCCUAAGCAGCUCACCCAUAGAGCACAUCCGGGGUUUGACUCCACUGGCAAUACCUGCCUCUAGCUUCAUGUGUCUGCCUCUGCCAGCAGAGACCCUGACUAUUAUGACUGCUAAUAUUUCUGCUUCAAGUUCUCGUUCCACACUUCCUGUCUGUUGAGGCUGUAAAGUAUACGCCACAUCUCCUCCAAGAUUUCUACCGUUAGUGUGGUCUCUGCGGUGGCUAUGACAUCUGCAUUGUGAUCUCCAGCCUGAUGUUCUGCACCUCGCUCCUUCUGGUGCCUGGGACGACUGCUUCCCAGGCACUUUUCAUUAAAUAAGAAUUCUGGUCGGGCAUUGGCAGCACAUGCCUUUAAUCCCAGCACUUGGGAGGCAAAGACAGGCAGAUCUUUGUCAGUUGGAAGUCAGCCUGGUCUACAGAGAGAGUUCCAAGACAGGCUCCAAAGCAAUACAGAAAAACCCUGUCUUGAAAAAAAAAUUCUGUGGAAAUCUUAAAUUUCAUGAAUAGUUCUUACUCUGAAAAAUGUUCAAUGUGUUGGAAUGGCAACUCAAUCACCCUCAUGUGGGGGUGUAGUGCCGUUACAUAUGCCCAUAUGUAACCCACCAUUCACCCCAGGACCAGGAGGGCUGCAGGGAAACUGGUAUUCUAAAAUCAUGAUUAUCAAGAGUCGGUCUUUGCAACCAACUUCACUCUUGCAGUCACCAACCCUGCCACAGUGGAUGCGUAUCUCAGUGUAGGUUUCUGACGACAAUCUGGGCCAGUGAAACGGCUCAGCAGGUGAAAGCACUUGACACACAGCCUGGUAACCUGAGUUUGACCCCAGAGCCCACACAAAGAUGAACGGCGAGAACUCACACAAGUUGUCCCCUGACCUCUGCAUGCACAUGCAUGUAUAGUGUAUGCUCCCUUGUCAUACAUGCACACACAGUAAUAAGUAAAUUCUUAAAAAGAUUAAAGCCCUCGACACAAAGGUCUGUGAAAAACCAAAUUAAUUAAAUGCUGUCAUAAGAGUUAUGGCCUAAUCAACCCAAUGGGGCUGGUAAAAGAAAAAAAUUAAAUCCUGGGUUAGCUGUUUGAAAACACAUGUUUUAAUUACCUUUAUGUCUAAAAACAAUGGACAGAAUUGUUGACAAACUGUUGAAAACAUUAAAGGAAAUUUAUUUAA